AUGGCCCCCGUACGGCUCGCUGUCGACGACGACCGCCUCGUCCCGCCAUCGGCGUCGGCCUCCAGCACGGGCGCGCACCGACGGGCUGCCAGUCCAGCACUGUCGAGCGGCUCGCAGACCUCGCUCGCCAGGCCGCCGCGAUCGCCCAACCGGCCGCAGGGCAGCCCGCUUCUCUCGUCACCGACCACCUCGCCCACCCUCUCCGCCCCUUCCGCACUCGCCCCUCCACCCUCGACGGCCGUCGCGUGUGCGCCGACACGCAACGCCCCUCCGCGCAAGCCGGCCAACCCCACGGCUAGACCGCUCGCUGUCGAGCAAGCCGCCCCCGUCCGCGUCCUCCCCACCCACCCGGCCGCCCUCCCCUACAUGUGGGACUCGACCGCGUCCACGACCGACGACGCCGACACCGAGCUCGACUCGACCUUUGACGGCGACGCGGGUCCGGGCGCAGCCCUCCUCGCCGAGCGCAGGCGGCGCGAGGAGGCCAAGGUCGCGCGGCGGCGGGCCAAGCACGACGCGCCGAGCGGGAGGAGCAGGGCAGCGGCACCUGCAUCGGAACACGUUCCGGGCAGGGCGUCGCUCGACACGGCGGCGGCCGUCACGCACGCGUUGCAGCUGUCGGGGCAGAUGCCGCUCGUCGAGGGUCGGCGGGGACUCGGCUUUGCGUUCUCGGACAAGGACGGCCUCCACGAGCACUCCUCGAACCACCCGCGUCGGUCCUCCCGCUCUGCGCCCGACGCUCCCGCCACCCGCCGCCCGCCAACGCGCUUCGCCACCACCGAGGACGCCGCUGUCGCCCUCGAGACCGACUCGACGACCAGCACGACCCGCCGAGUGCGCUUCGAGCAGCCGUAUCGUCCUCCCGGUCGCGAGCGCUCGAGCAGCGGCGGCACAAUCGCUUUGCAGCCCGAGCACAUCGUCUUCCCGGACGCCCUGCCGGCGCCACCAACGCCGACCUUGUCGGUGACGACGCCGAGGUCGGGCGGCUCGCGACGGUCGUCGGCCGCGUCGUCGAGCCUGUUCAGCCCCGUGUCGAGCGGCCUCUCGAGCCCGCCGACGUCGCUCGCGCCGUCGCCCGCCUCGCCCCGCCCGAGAAGCCCGCGACGAGCGUCAGGCCCAGUCGUCCUCCCGACCGAGCUGCAGGCGCCUCGCUCGGCGGCCAGGCUCUACUUCCCGUCGGGGCCGGCCAGGCCGGCGUCGAUCCGGUCGUACGGCAUGCCGUCGCCCGUCCUGUCGCAGGCGUCAUUCUCGGGCCACAUCUUUCCUUCCCGCACUCGCGACAAGGCGUCGUCGGCCGUCGCCGUGUCGCCAGUUCCGCCGUCGACCCACCACUACUUUCCCUCGCCAGCACCUUCUUCGGCUCGACAGCCCAUCUUUCCGUCGUCGCAGUCACCUCGCGCUCAGUUCGAGACGGCGGCACCCUUCCCUGUCCGACAGCCGCCGUCGACGGCGGCGACGUCGCCCCGACCCGACUCGACCUUUCCCUCGCCCUCAACCUCGCGCUCGCCCUUUCCUCCUCCGCCUCAGCACUCGCCGCAAGCUCGCUACCUUGCGAGUCAUAUCGGCGCGCCUGUCGCUGCCGCCACGCCGUCGCCCCCGAGCGCAGAGCGCUCGAGCGCGAGCACGCACCCCGACUCGGCGCGACGGCGCUCCCAGAGCGCGCCCUGGGAGGCGCCGGCGAUGCCCUCGUACCUGCUGGAUGCAGGCGGCGCGGGCGAUGAGCUCGACCGCAUGAUGCGGGCGCAGCGGCGGGCCGACCUCGACGAGCGCGCGACCUCGAGGGCGCGCGACGAGCGGCGGCGCAACAUCCAGGCCGAGCUCCUCCGCUAUGUCGUCCCGGCCGGCGUCAAGGGCGAGCAAGACUCGCUCAGCGUGCUCGUGUCCAAGGAGCCGCUGUCGCCGCAGGACCUCGCGUUCGACCGCGCGCUGCUCGAGGCCGAGCCCAAGCGCAAGUCGCUCGGCGUCUCGCUCCUGUCGGACGAGGACGACACGCGCCGGUGGUCGACGACGCCGACCAUCACGCCCGAGACGGCGCACCUGUCGGCGCACUCGAGCAACCCGUCGUCGGUCGUCCUGCGUCGAAUCGGCAGCGAGGGCGUCGAAUCGGACGGCGGCAAUUUGACGGCCACGGCGCCGCUCGACAACGGCCUCAACACGUCCAUCUCGUCGACGUCGAGCGACAUCUCGAGCCUGCCGUCGUUCCCGGACGUGCCCCAUCACUACCUCGCGCCGCCCGUUCCCGCGUUUCCAGCGCAGCACGAGCACUUCCCGAGCGUCGUCGGCAAACCUGUCGCCGCCGCCGCUGCCCCUAUCGCGACCGACGGUGCUCGGUCGGCACCCGCAACCGCCUCGAGCGCCAACCGCCUCAGCCUCGCGUCCGAGACGGGCGUGUCGGUCUACGAGGACGUGCCUUCUUCGCCUCCUGCGGCGCCGGCCGUCGCCGCGAGCGAGGAGGACGCGCAGCAGCACACGCGAGAGUGGGUCGAGGGCCUGUCGGGCGGCUCGGCAACAAGGAGGAGCUUGGGCGACAUCGGCGAGGAGCCAGAGCUCGACGACGAGACGCCCCUGAGCUCGCCACCCCUCGCCAACGUUACCCCUCCUCGCCCGGCCGAUCUCGCCUUUCCCUCUCCCGCCAGGAGCGCAACGAGUACUCGUCCCCUCGAGCGCACCCUCCUCCCCUCUUCCUCGUCCCACGCCUCACUCGCCCUCGACCUCCACCGCACCCAGUCGCCUGCCGCGUCGCUCCGCUCAGCGGCCGGCUCGUCGAGCGCCGUCUCGUACGUCGCCACAUCAUCGGGCUCGCCUCGAGCGGCGCAGCCGGCCUACUUCAAGCCCAAGCUGUCGCUCGGCAAGAAGCUCGGCGCCUUGUUCGGCUCGGGCACCUCGAGCGGCGGCGGCUCGGGCGGCGGCGUCGGCGGACUCGGUCGUUCGGCCGGCAUCGGCUCGCAGGACGUGCUCCCUCUCGGCGGCGCGUCGGGCGACCUCGAGCCUCCUUCGCCGCGAGCAGGGCUCGGCGCAGGCUGGGCACCGCAUGGGCGCGCGCGCAGCGCCGCCUCGGCGUCGACGGCGUCGUUGGCGACCGUGCCGCCGUCGCCCACCGUGAGCAGCGGUCCGAGCGCGCGGGCGCCGUCUUCUUUCGCCGGGUCGGCGAGCGGCGAACGAGCGCCUCCUUCGACCGCCUCGCACGGCAGCGUCGCAGCGUCGUCGGCGCCGGCGCCGGCCUCGGCUGGGCCCCUCGACGCGCUCCUCGCGCGGUUCGAGCAGGAGGACAAGGAGCGGUUCAGGGGCAUCGCGGCGGCGAGGGCGCAGGGUGCCGUGCUCCGACGAGGGAGCGAGGGCCUCGUCGCUGCGUAGCUCGCCUCUCGUGCGCCCUCGUCGAGCUGUCGAACGUGAUUUAUCUCUAUCUC